AUGGGGCUUGGGGGCACAGGCUUGUUCAAGGAGAAGAAGGCCAGGGCAUUCUCUUUACAUCUACUGAGGUCUCAGAUCUGGUCCAGCGCCUCUUGGAUUGGCAGCUUUGGGAAGAUCUGUGCAGUGGACUCCUUUUGGGGUGUCUGUCCAGCCCUUGGGCCAGCAGUAUCCCUUUCUCAGGAGACCGCCACCAUCAUUGAAACCAUAGCGGUGGUCACCACCUGCUGUGUUUGUACUGUGUCUCCUCCCCUGGCUUGGCUGAUUGACUGGGGUCGACGCAGCCCGGAUUUCGAGGCAUUCGGCACCGCAGUGUCCCUGCCUCAGCAGCGCAUCCCCGGUGGCCCAGUCUCCAAAGCCCUUCUGCCCACCCCUUCACCCCCGCAGGCCCUACAGCCGCGGGUCCAGCAAACCCUCUACCCCUACCCCGGCUGCAGGCCUGGCGGCGCACCGGCGCUGUGCUUCAACAAAGCAGAGACGCUGGUUGACAACUCCUUUGGAACGUGUCAACAGAGGAAGCUCUUUCCCCACUUCCAUCCCCCAAACUUUUUGGGGAACAAGUUUCUCCCUCUUAGGGGAGCACCCCACAGAGGGCCUGGAAGCUACAUGGCAGAUAUGCAUGGCUUGGCAUACAACCUCUCUAAGAUCCCGACCAGUAGAAAAGGAUAUACUUUUGGAGCUAGAACAGCCGUAAGGUUUAAGCCAAUUAAUAAGGAUAUGACGCCUUACCCAGGCAUGUACCAGACAGUAACUCCUCGGGAGCAAAAACACAAACAAAAUUUUGCUCCAUUUAAUACCUUGUUGCCUCGCUUUAGGACAUGCUCAAAGGACACUUAUGAUCCUGGCCCUGGCGCUUACAACCCAGAAACUAAGCCACCCAAAAAAAUCACCUGGCCAAUGAAAUUUGGAUCUCCAGACUGGGCUCAGGUUCCAUGUCUACAGAAAAGAACUCUAAAAGCUGAGCUGUCCACAGACAAAGACUUUAGAAAGCAUCGGAACCGUGUGGCCUACCUAAGCCUGUUUUACAGUUGAGAAGCUGUGACUGCCUUCACGUGCUCCUCCUUACCACAGUUUCUCCAGGCUUGAGGGCAGAGCUGCUCUUCGCCCUCUGCAUUGCUGUGGCCCCUUUGUCUGCCAGCAUGGGGCCCCGCGAGGUGCAAGGGUCUCCUAACUAUUGGAUGAGAGCAUAAAGACUGGUUCAGAGUG